AUGCAUUUGGAUACCAAAGCGCUUCGCCACCUGGCCGCCGAGGACUGGCGCGUCCUUGCAGCGGUCGAGCAAGGCACCAAGAAUCACGAGCUGGUUCCGACUCCCCUCAUCGAGAAACUGUCGCGCCUCCGCGGCGGCGCAAGUGGCGUGCACCGGUCCAUCUCGAACCUCGCCAAGGUCGGCCUCAUCGCCAAGGUUAAGGAGGCCAAGUACGACGGUUACCGCCUCACCUACGGUGGUCUCGACUACCUCGCGAUGCACACAUACUCGACGCGCAAGGAGGUCUACAGCGUCGGUAGCAGAGUUGGCGUUGGAAAGGAGAGUGAUAUCGUCAUGGUGGCCGAUGAUAGAGGCAUGCAGUGCAUUCUGAAGAUCCACAGAUUGGGCCGUAUCUCCUUCCGGACGGUUAAGUCAAACAGAGACUACCUCAAGAACAAGCAGUCGGGAUCGUGGAUGUACCUUUCCCGCCUCGCGGCAAUGAAGGAGUUUGCCUUCAUGAAGGCGCUCAAAGAGGAAGGUUUUCCUGUACCCGAACCCAUCGCGCAAAACCGACACACUAUCGUCAUGUCGUUCAUCGACUCGUUUCCGCUCCGUCAAAUCUCCUCGAUCCCGGAUCCGGCAACCCUCUAUGCCGAGCUGAUUGAUUUGAUCCUCCGCUUAGCCAAGCAUGGACUCAUUCACGGCGACUUCAACGAGUUCAACAUUCUUAUCAAGGAGGAGACAUCCAUUACCCAGACAGACGAGGGCGAAGAAGAGACCAUCACAUUGAUUCCAAUAGUCAUUGACUUCCCGCAAAUGGUUUCAAUGGACCACCAGAAUGCCGAGAUGUACUUUGAUCGAGACGUCAACUGCAUCAAGCGCUUCUUCGAGAAGAGGUUUCACUUUACCGGCACAACCCCAGGGCCAUUCUACAAGGACGCCAAGAAGUUGGUUGGCAAGGGCGGUGCCAAGAGGAUAGAUGCGACCUUGGAGGCGUCAGGGUUCACGAAGAAGAUGGCCAAAGACUUGGAGAAGGCCAUCCAAGAGCAGGCCGCAUCCAAGGGCGAUGAAGGUGACCAUGGCGGUGCCGCUUCCGAGGAUGAGGAUGAAGAUGAGGAAGACAGCGAGGAGGCAGCCGAUGACCUGGAGGGGUCUGCCGCGCCAUCGGUAACCGGAGAGGGAGAAGGGAGGGAUUCCUCGAAAAGCGGCAAGGAAAAAGAUGACAUUGAUACCCAAAAGUUUUCAAGGUUGGCAGUAGCAGACGAGGCAUGA